UUGAUCUUUACCAAGGCAAAUUACUUUUGAAAAAUGACUGGCAUCUUGACAUUUUUGUUGUGCGUCUCUGCAGUUAUUCUCCUUCAGAUUCCAGAAGGCCACAGCACUGAAAUCAUAGGAGGCAAGGAAGUGCCAAAACACUCCAUGCCUUACAUGGUGCUUGUGCACGGGAAAAACAACGAAAUAUUUUGUGGAGGAGCAUUGAUUGCACCUAAAUGGGUGAUAACUGCUGCCCACUGUCAAAACAUCAGUAUGAAAGUCCUGCUAGGAGUUCAUGCUCGUUCAAAGAAUGACAAAGAAAUUCAAAUCAGGAAAGUGAAAAAUACAGUGCCUCAUCCAUGUUUUCACAAUACAGAUAAAGUUCAUGACAUCAUGCUACUAAAGGUAAGGAUCAUGCACUGAAAAAUUGCAUUCAGUUUCAGCACCUUCUUCUGUUCAUUGCAGAGAAGAGCCUGAGCUGCAUGAACCGGAG